AUGUUCUGUGGCCAUGCUUCAUUAGAGGCGGACAAAACAUUUCUUGAAUGCAUGAACACUUUCAGUGAGAUGUGUCGAAAAAAACUUAACGUGAUAUGUAACGAUUUUGAUAUUUACGAAGAAGUUUUUCCUUCCAGGAUUGAUAUCUGUACGCUAACUCAUCGGCUUGGACAUGAGGCUGAAUUAAUUGAUGGUGAUAUCUUAAUUUUGCAAAGAAAAAUCCACAACAGAGUUGACAAUUCUCAAAUAAUGCUUCAAAUUCCUACGAUCGUUUGGGAAUACAUUAAGAAAGAUAAAUAUUUGAUCAAAAGCAAAGAUGAUGACAAUGUAGAUGAAGACCUACCAACAACCUCGUUUGAUGUGAAUUGGUAUUAUAGACUCUUAUCAAGAUGCGAUCGAUAUUUAUUAGGCUGCCUUACAUCAGAUAAUAACACUGCUCUGGUAAAAGAGUUAUUGAAGGUGAGAUUGGAGUGGUUAGGAGUUUCUCAAGAAUUUCCAAUAUUUAUCAAAUAUCGCCUCAAACAACCUAUUUUGAGUAUAUUAGCUGAACAUAAUUGUAUCCAGACUGCACAGAUGCUCAUAAAAGAUUACAAAGCGAACGUGAAUGUAUCCUGUAAAAGAAGAACCAAGUCGAACGGUGUGUAUUACUCAAUUAAUCCUCUUUAUUGGGCUGCUGAAAAAGGACACUUGGAAAUGGUGAAGCUAUUGCUUAAUCAUGGAAGCCACAAAAUAUCAUCAUUGAAGAAUAAUCGUCAUACUGAUUCCAGAUUGGCUGCAUUAGAGCACCACCACUACGAUGUAGCGAGAUAUCUUGAGAUGUUUACCUAUUCAAAUUAUUUACUGAAACGUCAUUUCAUAAAACCUCCAGACCAAAGAUUGAGUGACAUUGUAAUUUUGACAGAGAAUUUAGAUUAA